AUGAAGAACACCGAAAUCCCCUCAGAACCUACCAUUCAUUCGCCUCUCUUGCACAACAUAGAUUUGUGCCGAAUAAUCAACCAAAUCCAAGAGAAAAUCUUCAUCAGCUCGCUGUUAGAGCUACAAGAGAUUCAAUUUUACGACAACUUGCUACUUUCUUGGUUCGACAACCUCCCCCGAUUCUUACAAAUACCUGAACCUACCCUGCCCGACAUUCAGGAUGCACGUCUGAUUCUGAAAUGGCGAUAUCAAAACAUCCGGCUGCUUCUAUACAGACCUAUUCUUCUCAACACUCUAGAAAGACAAGUUCCACUCGACCAGAUGACAAUCGAUGAGCAAAUCGCAGUAUCCAAAUGUCGAGAGAUUGCUGCGGAGACUAUUCUGAGUAUUCAAACAGAGUGGCGUCCCACAAAGGUAUGCUGCUGGCAUGCGAGUGGACUUCUCUUUCAAGCCUGCUUAGUACCUCUUAUGGCACUUGCUAUUGAAUCUAGAGAGAACAGCAACUAUGCGAAUUGGUAUACAAAAGUUCAAAUUGGAAUAGCGAUUUCCGAUGCUAUGUCCCAGCUUGAUCCUGUCAACAGAAGAACCAAAGAGUCUUUAGACCGACUAUUCCGUGCAGUCAUUGGCACUUCCUGUUCUGAACCGUUCCUAGACUCUACUCAGAGGUCUCUAUCAUUCGAGUCGAUAUUAUCUCGAGAUUGGCAUCACAUGGAUGAACAAGCUAGUCUCUCAGAGGAGAACAUGGGCAUUUCAUAUCUGGAAGACCAGUUACUGUUUCCAUCAUACCCAUCGACAUACUCUUCAUAG